CUACUUUGUUAUUCAGUUACUUAUGCAUUAUCAUUAUUCUUAAGAGUAAUGAUGUAAAAGUGCUUUUUUUCCAAAUGUUAAUUUAGUUCUUUGCAGAUGGUAACCAUCUGUUAAAUGACGCUUUAUAUAGCUUGGAUGGACUGACUGUUACAAUAUAUACGUAUAGCUGUGGAGGUGAAACUGCUAGAUUUGUUCUUUUCCCGUUGCUGUUAUAUUCAAUGGAAAUUUUCAAAGCUCUCUAUUUUUGCAUGUCUUCUGUAUUUAUAAAUGUUAUUUUGAGUUAAAGCCUGAAAUUUGCAAGCCAAUUCAUAUAGUGCUUUUGAGACAAUAAUAAUGUUAGGAAGCACUGCUGAAAUGCAACACUAUUCAUAGCAAUUACGAGGGCCCUAAUUUCGCAAAGGAACCAUGUGGAUGGACCAAUAUGAACACUUACUGAAACACUGCAAGUCUGCAUUGAGUGUAAGCAUCAUGGCUCAGAGAUUAGACAAUCUCAUCAUCUGUGACACUGUUUUUGUGUGUGUUAACAGCAGAUCACUCUCCAGGACUCCUUUUUAAAGGAGAAAAAAAUAUUAAAUCCAAAUACACCUGAAUGCUACCAUCAAAAAGUGGUUUUUGAAGAAACUAAACCCUUUAAUUUUUAUACAUUGUUCAAUGCCAGCUAGCUCCAUUUCUCCAUAAGCUACACAAAUUGUGCUGGAUAAUAAAAUGGCUCCACUACCAAAUGCUGAUUUAGUUCAGAAUUCUUUGCAGUUGUAUCGUUACCUGCUUCGAUGCUGUAAGCAGCUUCCCGAAGAGAAUAUUCGGCAGCAUUACAGACAUGCAAUCAGACAGAGUUUCAAGGUCCAUGCGGAUGAGGACAGUCCUGAACGAAUUCAGCAGAUUAUUAGAAGAGCUAUUGAAGAUGCUGACUGGGUCAUGAAUAAAUAUAAAAAACAGAAGUAGAAGAGGAAGAAUGAAGGCCAAGAACAUCUCUGGUUUGUGCUUGACAUACUGGUUAUCUUCUUCAUUUAAAGGUGGGUCCCUAUCGUGUGUGACCCUGACCUUUAAGCUGCUGUGGAAACAGACACGAUCCAGCCGGGUGGCGGGCACUGCCUGGUGCCAUAACUGACAUGCAAUGUUGUACAGAGGCCUUCACAGUUUUUUUGCAACAUGUAAUAAAUGUCGU